GUCUAUGGGGCGGGGCCGCUCCCGGAGCGGACGUGACGCGCCUCUGUGGCGCUCCGGGGCCGCCCCGCAGCGAUGGAGGCGCGGGAGCCGCUGCGGGACGUGCGCGGGGCGCUGCGGGCGGUGCUGGCGCGGCUGCGAGAGGGAGAGCCGAGCGAGGGCCGAGAGCCGUUCGAGCUGCCGCGCUUCUGGGACGCGCUAAGUCAGACAUUCCAAGUAACAUCACAGGAAGCUACUAAGCUGAGUCUGGCAUUCUCAAGGCCUCCACUACCUUCUGCAGAGAACUGCCGGAAGCUGAGUGAGGAUGUCCAAAAUGCCAUUCUUGCAGUUGCCACAGUGUACUACUGGCUGCCCAAGGGCCAAGGUACUACUCUUCGGAAGAUGGUUCGAGAGGCCACCACUGAAGUAGUGGAAGGGAUGAUCCAGCUCACAGACACAAUUCUCAAUGCCCCAGUGGAGAGUUUGUCUCAGGAACAGCUGAUAUCAACUGGAGGUGUGUGGGAGGCCUGUGAGCAAGUGUCUAACCUGCCACGAGAUAACCAGGCAGCAGUUGUGUCAGCUCUGGCUGCAUCUCUAGGUGUGGUCAAGGAUGCUGUGGAGGAGAUGGAGCAGGCACUGGUGGAAGGGCAGGAUCCCUAUGGGGACAUCAUGGAAGAUGAAGAGCUGGGCUUUCGGGGCAACAGGGACACGUACUGGUCAGAGGCUGACAGGCAGCUGCUCAGCUCCUGCAUGGGACUGAUGAAGGCUUCUAAAGCUUGCCUGAAGAAGGUUUUGGCUGCAGUGAAGGCCCAUGGCAAAGCUGAUUCUCCAGAGCACAUUGCACAGCUGGAUGACCUAGCAGACAUUGCUAAUGAGAUCAGCCCAAGUGUUGAUGAGCUGGCACUGAGCAUGUACCCACCUGUGAACCCACUGGCUGUGCGACUAAACGCUGCUAAAUUGGCCUCAGUAUUAACGAAAGUCUUAGAGAUUGCCAAGACAAGCCAUGUGUGUCCACCAUCAGAGGAAGGCUGGGUGCAGUUUCUAACUGGUGCAGUAGAUCACAACAUGAACAAAGUCAAGAACUUCACACAGGGUCAGCUUUAACUCUUCUGUGCCUGCAUGUGCUGCUGCCACUGGCUCUGGCAUCUGCAUUUCCAGUGAACUUUGCUGUUCUUUGGCUGUUUGGAAAAUGAUGAGAACAAUGGAGGAGAGAACUUCACUGCUACUUGGAAGAACCUCUCCAGGAAGUUGCCCUUUGCCAUGGCAAAGGUGUCAUUUUGCUUGGAUUCUUGGGAUGAUGCAGUGCUGCUUCUGAAUGUGCCCCAUUCUUUGGACAUUACAGCUACUGUGGGGUUCAGAGAAAAAUAAAAUAUUGCUAGAUUUACAUUAGUUGCUUUAUCUGUCUUCAGAGGAUGAAGGAUAUAUACUGAAUGAAAGGGUCUUGCUUCUUUUGCAAGCAGCCCAGUGAAUAAUUAUAAAAUGUUCUGCGCUGCUGCUAUUUCCUGUCUAUUUCCUGUUCACUGUCUUAGAGAGCAGUGAAUGAGCUUUCUCUUAUUUUCUCAGAAAGCAGCAGAAAAUAUUGUUUACUACCUUACCAAUGUCAAGGAUCUACAGGGAGAGAUAUCCCUCUAUAUAUAUAUAUAUCCCUAGAGACAUCCUACAUCUAUCAUCACUUUAAAGUUCCAGGAUACCCUUUACUUGUCACAGGUAGGGCAGAAGACUUAAGCACUGGUGGGCUCAGCACAGGUGUGAGAACUGCAAUGUCUCCUUCAGCAUUCAGCCCAUCUUUGUCACAGUGAGGCUCACUUCUAAAACUGCAGAGUAGACAUAGUGGCAGAUGGGAGAGAGUUGAGUUUGUGCAAAUAAUCAAAAUCAGACAUGGUUUUAAAUAGAGCUUUUA